AACGAAUCAAGCCUCGACACAGUGCUUCUGAAGCAGCGUGUUGAUCUUUUUGACACACGCACCGGAGCAUCAGCUUCAAGCGGACCGUCACUACCUCUCACAUCUAAAGCUGAUCAGCAGGAGGAGAAGAGUCUGACGGAGCAGCAGAGGAACAUUUUCAGCUACUUGGACUCAGCUCAGCCACUACAGAGAAAACAAUGAGCUCAACACAGAAGGAUCAUCAAGAACUUCAAGGAAAGAGGUUCAAUUCUUGUUAAGAAGGCUACAGGGCGUCCAAGAAAGUCCAGCGAGCGCCAGGAUCGUCUCCUAAAGAGGAUUCAGCUGCGGGAUCAGAGUGUCACCAGUGCAGAGCGUGCUCAGGAAUGGCAGCAGGCAAGUGUGAGCACAUCUGCACGCACAGUGAGGCAAAGACUUUUGGAAGACGGCCUGGUUUCAAGAGGGGCAGCAAAGAAGCCACUUCUCUCCAAAAAAAAAACCCAAAACCCAUCAGGGGCAGAUUAAUCUUCCACAGAAAGUAUGGUGAAUGGGCUGCUGAGGACUGGGGCAAAGUCAUAUUCUCGGAUGAAGCCUGUUUCCGAUUGUUUGGGGCAUCUGGAAAAAGGCUUGUCUGGAGAAGAAAAGGACCAACAUGGAGCGAGAAGUCAGCGCUCUCAGGAGGCCGACAAACCUCACAGAAGAAAGAGAGAGAAAACAUACACCUGUGACGAGUGUGGGAAGGAUUUUACUGGGAAGGAUAAACUAAAACAGCAUCAGGUCAUCCACACUGGAGAGAGACCGUUCAGCUGUGACUUGUGUGAAAAGUCUUUUUCCAGGAAGCGUUCCCUAAAAACACACCAACUCAUCCACAGUGGAGUUAAAGCAUACAGCUGUGAUCAGUGUGGCAGAGCUUUUACUCACAGUAGCAGCUUACAGAAGCAUCUAGUGACCCACUCUGGAAUUAAGGCAUACAGCUGUGACGAGUGUGGGAAGGAUUUUACUUUGAAGGAUAAACUAAAACAGCAUCAGGUGAUCCACACUGGAGUGAGACCGUUCAGCUGUGACUUGUGUGGAAAGUCUUUUUCCUGGAAGGUUGCUCUAAAAACACACCAACUCAUCCACAGUGGAGUUAAAGCGUACAGCUGUGAUCAGUGUGGCAGAGCUUUUACUCACAGUAGCAGCUUACAGAGGCAUCUAGUGACCCACUCUGGAAUUAAGGCAUACAGCUGUGACAUCUGUGGAAAAACUUUCAGCCAGAGAGGAAGCCGAAAUACACACCUACGCAUUCACACCAGACAUGAUGUGUACAGCUGUGAACAGUGUGGCAAAGAGUUUACAACAGACGCACAGUUACAACGACACAUGUUUACCCACACUGUGGGACGAUCUUAUAAAUGUGACCUGUGUGAGAAGACUUUUAAAGCUCCACAUUACCUGAGAGGACACCAACAGAUACACACCAGAAAGAGACUCUACAAGUGCAGUUACUGUGAGAAGCGGAGCGACACAGAUGGAUCCAGUUCUCAACCCUGUCAUCACUGUGGUGGUGGGAAAGACUUUCGUUGUGACCUCUGUGGAAAAACUUUCAGUCAGCAACAGACCCUAAAAAGACAUCAACGUAAACACACUGGAGACAAACUGAAAUACUGCAAAGAAUGUGGGAGAAGCUUCACCACAUCAAGUUACUUAAAACGACAUGAACUGAUUCACAGUGGGGUUAAAAAGCACCUCUGUGAUCAGUGUGGGUCAUCCUUCACCACUGCAUGUGAGCUUAAAUCACACAAACGUGUCCACACAGAAGAGAAACCAUACAAGUGCAGACACUGUGACAAAAGCUUCUCACAUUCAAGUAGUCGUAACAAUCAUGAACGUGCACACAUGGAAGGAAACUACAGCUGUGACCAGUGUGACAAGAGCUUCAGGAAUCUCAGUUCAUACUCUGAACACAAACGAUCCCACGUUACUACUAAACUGUUUCACUGUUACCAAUGUGCCAAAACAUUCACCUCAUUGUCUGCUCUGUGCAAACAUCAGCGUGAUCACUCAGGGCUGAAAUCACUCCCAUCACUGGAUCACAGUGAAUCUGAAGAGACAGAAAGAUCCUCUGGUUUCAGUGUCAGGCUCAAAAAGCUUGAGAUCAGGCUCCACAGAGUUCAGAUAGAAUCAUUUAAGCUUGUGUUGAACUGAACUGGUUGCUGGGCUGAACUUCUACAUAAUACAGAUUUACAUGGGAUCUUAUUUUCUGUCGUUUUACUGAGUCAGUUUUGUCCUUUUUUUUCUAUCCUGGUUUUGCUCGUCUGUAAAUAAUUGAAACUCAGUCAAAUAGUUCAUUGUACUCCAGCAAAACGUUUUGGAAACUCAUGUUUAACCUUUAACACUAGAAUUACUGAGCCUUUUUUCCCUGGUGCAAGUCCCUACUACUAGAUUUACUGGCCUGCGCAAAUUUGCGUAAAUUCCCCCCGACCUUAACACCUCUUGGCACCCCGCUGAGAUUUUCACAGGUUUUCAGCUCCAUUGUUCUCCUGCUUUUGUUGUGCAAACACACCCUCCCCCAACCCCUAACCAUGAGAGAUUCAAGUUUUUCCUUCCCUGCAAGGCUACUUUCCUUCCUUACCUGCCUGCAUGCCUGUCCAUAUAUACAUAUAUACAGACAGCAAUAAUGCUGUACAUAUAUACAUACAACAUAUAUACACAGAGUUGUACAUAUAUUUAUAUAUUUAUAUAGCCACACCUUAUAUAAUAUGCAUAAAGUCUAGUUAUAAACACAGACACAUCUAUAUCAUA